CGGCCGGCACAGCCAAUCCCCCCAGCGGCCGCCAACAUGCUCUUUGAGGGCUUGGAGCUGGUGUCGGCGCUGGCCACCCUCGCCGCGUGCCUGGUGUCGGUGACGCUGCUGCUGGCCGUGUCGCAGCAGCUGUGGCAGCUGCGCUGGGCUGCCACCCGCGACAAGAGCUGCAAGCUGCCCAUCCCCAAGGGCUCCAUGGGCUUCCCGCUCAUCGGAGAGACCGGCCACUGGCUGCUCCAGGGUUCUGGCUUCCAGUCGUCGCGGAGGGAGAAGUACGGCAAUGUGUUCAAGACGCACUUGCUGGGGCGGCCGCUGAUCCGCGUGACUGGCGCAGAGAACGUGCGCAAGAUCCUCAUGGGUGAGCACCACCUGGUGAGCACCGAGUGGCCGCGCAGCACACGCAUGCUGCUGGGCCCGAACACGGUGGCCAACUCCAUUGGUGACAUCCACCGCAACAAGCGCAAGGUGUUCUCCAAGAUCUUCAGCCAUGAGGCUCUGGAAAGCUACCUGCCCAAGAUCCAGUUGGUGAUUCAGGAUACGCUGCGCGCCUGGAGCAGCCAUCCUGAGGCCAUCAAUGUGUACCAGGAGGCACAGAAGCUCACCUUCCGCAUGGCCAUCCGUGUACUCCUGGGCUUCAGCAUCCCAGAAGAGGACCUUGGGCACCUCUUUGAGGUCUACCAGCAGUUUGUGGAGAAUGUCUUCUCCCUGCCUGUCGACUUGCCCUUCAGUGGCUACCGGCGGGGUAUUCAGGCACGACAGACCCUACAGAAGGGCCUGGAAAAGGCAAUCCGGGAGAAGCUGCAGUGCACGCAGGGCAAGGACUACUCGGAUGCACUGGACAUCCUCAUUGAGAGCAGCAAGGAGCACGGCAAGGAGAUGACCAUGCAGGAGCUGAAGGAUGGGACCCUGGAGCUGAUCUUUGCCGCCUAUGCCACCACUGCGAGCGCCAGCACGUCACUCAUCAUGCAGCUGCUGAAGCACCCGGCCGUGCUGGAGAAGCUCCGGGAGGAGCUGCGGGCCCACGGCAUCCUGCACAGCGGUGGCUGCCCCUGUGAGGGCACGCUGCGGCUCGACACCCUCAGCGGGCUGCACUACCUGGACUGCGUCAUCAAGGAGGUCAUGCGUCUUUUCACACCCAUCUCCGGCGGCUACCGCACCGUGCUGCAGACCUUCGAGCUUGACGGUUUCCAGAUCCCCAAAGGAUGGAGUGUCAUGUACAGCAUUCGGGAUACGCAUGACACAGCGCCUGUGUUCAAAGAUGUGAACGUAUUUGACCCCGACCGCUUCGGUCAGGCUCGGAGUGAAGACAAGGACGGCCGCUUCCAUUACCUCCCUUUCGGCGGCGGCGUCCGGACCUGCCUGGGCAAGCACCUGGCCAAGCUGUUCCUGAAGGUGCUGGCGGUGGAGCUGGCCAGCACAAGCCGCUUUGAGCUGGCUACCCGGACCUUCCCCCGCAUCACCUUGGUCCCUGUCCUGCACCCCGUGGACGGCCUCAGUGUCAAGUUCUUUGGCCUGGACUCUAACCAGAACAAGAUCCUGCCAGAGACGGAGGCCAUGCUAAGUGCCACGGUCUAACAGGGCCUGGCCCACACCCCUGCCUCAGCCCAGCCAGGCCCUGGGGUGGGAGGCGAUGGAAGGGUAAAAACCUGUGUGUGGGAGGGGGCUGGAACCCGGGGAAGGGAGAGCGGCCCCCAUACCCUGCCCUCCCGUUUUCCCUCCCUGGCAGACCCUACCCAAAGCCAAAAGGGCCCCUGUUCCUUCGGGGGACAGGGCCCUCCUCCUUGCUCCUGCUUCUCCCAGUCUCUCUCCAGUUCCCACCAGCUUAGCUCCUGGGAUAGGGCGUGGCCAGGGGCUCCGCAUGCCUAUUACAGUGUUAACUGUCAGCUCACGCUGCAGCAUUUGCUUGUGAUGUUCCCAACUGGUCCCUCCCCUCCCAUUUCAUUUGGACUUUUUUAGUUUGAGAUCAAGUGGUUGACUUGGGGGGGGGGGGAGAGUUGGCCUCUUCAGCACCCGCCCCCUCCUGCCUCUACCCAGACUGAGGCAUGUGACUCUCCCAGUGUUCCUCUAGAGGAGUCCACCCCUUUGCCAGUUUGGACAUUUGAAAUUACCUAUUGCUGCUACUUUUUCUUUCCUCUGAUGUUGGGGCAAAGGAGCUCCAGGCGCUGCCCUCCCAGCAUCCUCUCUGGUGGCCCUGGGCAUGCACACAGCAAUGACAUCCCCACCUUCCUGCCAGGUGGCCUUCAGCCCACCCUGCUUCUCUGUUACACACACACCCAAGGCCCUUGGCUCAUAUUUAUUCACGGAUAUAACCGAAUCUUGGUGUUACUGGGGUCUGGAAUUGUACCUCCUCCAUCCCCUAGUCUCUGUCCCACUGUCCCGGGGACUGACUUCUGCUAGUGACCCAGCCCUCUGGCUGAGGUUGAGCAGCUCCCCCAGGCUCUGUGGGUUCAACCUCAACUGCACUCCUGGGGUGAAAUCCAGCACCUCUGCCUUUGUCCCCUGGUGAAGAUGGGGUAAUGGCCCACUGCUUCCCUCCCCCUUCUGUCAACAACAUGGGGAUUUGGAGGCUGCCACCAUCUCCUGCAUAGCCAGUGUCUCCCUGGGGCCCCCCACUCCACUAGUGAGUAUGGGGAAGGAUACGGGUUCUUUCUCUGACAGGGAGCGAGGGGCUCCAUUGUCCCUUCCUUAACCUUCACCCUUAGCCCUUGGAAAGGUGUCCUUGAAGUCCCUUCCCACCUCUAUGCCACUGUCUGCUCAGCCCAGCUCAGGGGUGUGGGGACGAGAUGAAAGCAAGGGGAGGUGAGCGUAGAAGGCAGCCCUUCCACAGAGCUGACUCGGGCCUCUGCCCUGGUCUCGAGGCAGCUGCCGGGAGGCUGCAGGGAGAGCUGAGGAGAGUAUGUGCGAUUUGUCAGAAGUGAUUUGCUUGAAAAUUGGCCCGUCAGGAUGACUGGGGGAAAGAGGAGUAGCUUCUGCCACCAGCAUUUUGAGUGUUGGCAAUUUGGGAUGCCUCCCAGGGCUGGUUUGGAGCCUUUGAUGAGUCUUCAGUGAUUUUGUCUGUUUUCGGAUUUUUCUUUGCUUUCUGUGUUUCUCUAUUGGCUUUUGAUGUUAUAAAACCAGUGAAUUCUCUUUACAAGAAAAUCAGAAACACACAGAAGUUGUAGGACAUUGAUCAUUUUAAUUGUCUGUCUAAGAGGUGACCACUGUGACCAUUCACUGGCCCCCUCUGAUGGUGUUGAGUGGACAGACAGGACCCCCACUCUCGCCCGACAUGUACCCACCUGGUGGUAGGCUGUAGGAAUGGGUUUGUGCCCCAGACUGUCCUAAAACUCCCUGUUUUCAAGUGUUUCACUUGGUUCCUGCUUUUUCGCUAUUAAAAAACAGUGCGGAACAGACAUUAUUGGCAAAAAUAGACAUUUAAAAAAAUGGGGAAAUGGUCCCACGGUUUCCCUCCCCGCUCCGCCAGCAACGUGGGGAUUUGGAGGUUGCCAUCAUCUCCUGCAUAGUCACUGUCUCCCCGGGGCGCCCCACUUGGCUAGUGAGUAUGGGGAAGGAUAGUAAAACCUCUCUCCACAUUCUGAAAAACAGGCAAAAAUGUGUUAAGACUCAUCAAAGCUUGCAAAGUAGCUAUGGUGCACCAGAAUCGGUGCCCCACAAAAAUGCCCAGUGUCUGGAAGGUUUCUGCACCUUCAAGCUAAGCCAGCUUGCUCUGAACCAGUCGUUCUUGACUGAGUGGCUAGGCAUGCAGCUUCAGACAGGAAGUCCACUGGGCCUGGCCCUGGGGAGGGGUGGGGGGCUGGAGGGCUCUGGGAGGCCUGGGUGGCCUUUCCAUUUGUGGUGACCAGCUUGAGAGGGGCAGAGAAAAGGUUGAGGAGGAUCCCUGUGAGGGAGGAAAGAAGGAUCAUUUGCCCUGCUGGGCCUCAAAGAUAACAAGAGAAAUGAAGAAAGCUCUUGACUGGCUGAGCGAAGGGUUCCAAUGUCGAAGUUCAUCCAUCUCUCCUCUGUGCAUCCAUCUGUGUCCGUGUGUUUGUGUGUAGGUUUUAUAGGCGUAGCAUAGAUGGGUGAUGUUUUCUCACUUACCAUUCCUAACUAUUGUAACUUGACAUUAAAAAGACAAAACUCCACAAAACUUUUCCUGCCCUGGGCUUGCAGAUUGAAGCACUUUCGAUGUUGGGCGCUGGCGUUUGUGUUCUGGGCACCAUCUUGACCCUGCCCAGAUCGCUAUGAUAUUAUUUUAUACACAAGACUUUUUUUUCAUAAAUGUUAUAAUUUUGUGUCUGUCUUUAUAAACUAUUAUAAGUACUAUUUUUGUUAUAAUUCAAAAUAGAUAUUUAGUAUAAAGUUUUUGCUGUUAAAUAUUUGUUAUUUAGUAAAAUAUGAAUUUUUCUCUAUUGUAAACAUGGUUCAAAAUAUUAAUAUGUUUUUAUCACAGUUGUUUUAAUAUUGAAAAAGCACUUGUGUGUUUUGUUUUGAUAUGAAACUGGUGCCGUGUGAGUGUUUUGCUGUCACGUGGUCUUAAUCUGUAUAUAAUAUUCCAUGUUGCAUAUUAAAAAAAAUGAAUGUUGUGCAUUUUGUGAUUUUGAAAGUACUCAAUGUGGCUCUUUUAUAGGCUUCCAUAAUAAACCGUGGGGACUCACCCUCGUUUGGC